AUGCUUUUGAUCUGGCUUUCGAUGACGCCUAUACUUGCAAUAAGUAUUGCGUAUCUUGUCAUGUCCAUAACUCUUGGUAUUCGAUCUCACGUCUUACGUGCGUUACUACUCCAUCUAGCGGCUUGUUGCCAAGGUGUUCAUCUUCAAUGGAUUAUUGAUCCACAUUUGGCAUUUCAAGUGUUGAAUUCAAGUGGAUGUAAAGGUGAUUUAAUUGAAACUUUGCUCUCUGGACCAGCCUGGAGUCCUAUUAUUUCACUUGAAUCAGUUAGUGGAGAACAAUGGCAACGAAUGAAAGCUCAAUUUAUCACAGUAACAAAAGUCCUGCAGCCACUUGCUCAAUUAACAGUCAUUUUUGAGACCCGUAGUCAUGAAUUACUCCAAACGGAGCGAAUUAUUGAUGCAUUCGAAUUGACUAAACUCAUAGUUGCUGGAUUUUACGAGUGGCUAUUUGAACGAUCGAUUGAAGAUCAAAAGCUUCGCGUUGUCUGUCAAGCGACCUGGGAGUGGCGGAAACAACUUGCACUGAAAGGCGUCGCGGACGACAAAAUCAAGUUUCAAAUGAUUGAAUGGUGUUUACAAGAGAUUCGGUCUACACCAAGGUUGUACGACUUGUUUCGAGAAAAAUGGAUUGAGUCGGAGUAUUAUUCUCUCAUUCUUCAACCGUUUGUGAUCUCACCAGCUAUUAAUUUGACAGAUGUUGCUGUGGUGAUCCAAGAGUGGAGAAAAACUGCACCUGUGACGGAAUUGAUUACACCAAAGAUUAUUCGGCAAUGUGUUUGCAGUGCUCACCCGUUUCCUGUUGUGGAGCGUUACUUUCCAAACGGCAAUGCAGAUAUGGGGAUUGCUCCAAACACCCAUGUGCUCGUUCCACUGGAUGAGGUGGCAGGUGAUGCGUUUGCUGCUGGUGUUGAUUUAUCGUUUGGUGCUGGAAUGCGCGUUUGUGCGGGUCGUCAUAUGGCGAUGAAAGCAAUGAUAGGACUGUUUACGGAUUCAUUCGUGCGCUCGAGUAAAUUUCAACCCCGACUCAAUCACAAGUACUCGGGUCGCCACAACGAUGGGGAAGAAACAGUGACAGAAACUCUUUACCAGCUACAGUUUGCGGCACGAACGCUUUUUGCAAUGAAAUGA